AUGGUAUUGAUGAAAGUUUAUAAAAUUUGGUUUUGGCAUGGGGAAGAACUUCCUAACUCAUCCUUCUAUGAUGAAUCUUCAAAGUUUGACAUCCAUACAUGUGAAGAUCAGGAUGUUGGAAGUGUAAAAGAAAUGAUUGAAGUUGCUCAUGAGGAGUAUUCAAAAGACCCAACUGGAUUUGAGAAGUUGCUUAUUGAUGCUGAAAAACCAUUGUACGAAGGAUGCAAAAAGUACACAAAGUUGUCUACUCUAGUCAAAUUGUAUAAUUUAAAAGUUAGGUAUGGAUGGAGUGAUACUAGUUUUUCAGAAUUACUUGAAACUUUGAAGGAAAUUCUGCCUACUACCAAUGAGCUCCCAAAUUCAUUGUAUGAAGCAAAGAAAACAUUAGGUGCAUUAGGAAUGGAAUACGAAAAGAUUCAUGCAUGCCCGAAUAAUUGUUGUCUCUAUAGAAAAGAAUUUGCUAAUGCAAUUGAAUGUCCUGAAUGUGGUCAAUCAAGGUGGAAAAACGUCAAGGAUACAAAUGAAAGGAGAAAGCAAAUUCCCUCUAAAGUGAUAUGGUACUUUCCAAUCAUUCCACGAUUUAAAAGGCUAUUCAGAAGCAUUGAAUGUGCUGAAAACUUGACUUGGCAUUCUACUGAAAGAAUUAAUGAUGGUAAGUUACGACAUCCAGCAGACUCUCCAGCAUGGAAGUUAGUAGACAUGAAAUGGCCAGACUUUGGUUCUGAACUCAGAAAUCUUCGUUUAGCAUUGUCAGUCGAUGAAGUAAAUCCUCAUGGUGACAUGAGUUCUAAAUACAGUUGUUGGCUGGUAGUGAUGAUUAUUUACAAUCUUCCACCAUGGUUGUGUAUGAAAAGAAAGUACAUGAUGCUAUCAAUGCUAAUUUCAGGACCAAAACAACCAGGGGAUGACAUAAGCAUAUACUUAGCACCACUAAUUGAAGAUUUAAAACUUUUAUGGGAAAGUGGUGUUGAAUGUUAUGAUGCUUAUCGAGAAGAACCAUUCAACUUAAGGUCAGUUUUGUUGUGGACAAUCAAUGAUUUUCCUGCAUAUGGUAACCUUAGUGGAUGUUGUGUGAAAGGGUAUAAAGCAUGCCCAAUUUGUGGAGAUAAUACAAAUUCUAUAAGGUUAAAGUAUGGGAAGAAAAUGGCAUACCUUGGACAUCGUAGAUUUUUGGCACGAAAUCAUCCGUAUCGACGACAAAAGAAGUCAUUCAAUGGUAAAAAAGAACUUGAUACAAUUCCAGAGCCACUUUCUGGGGAGGAUGUGUAUUUAAAAUUGAAAGAUCUUGAAUUUUCUAGAGGGAAGAAGAACCAUAAGAAACGAUUGAUGAACAGAAGUGACAAAAUUUGUUGGAAUAGAUUAUCUUCUUUUUUUGAGUUGCCAUACUGGAAGGAUCUUCAUGUUAGACAUUGUUUAGAUGUGAUGCACAUUGAAAAAAAUGUUUGCAUGAAUAUCUUAGGUACACUUCUUGAUAUUCCUGGGAAAAGUAAGGAUGGAUUGAAUGCUAGACGCGAUUUAGUUGAUCUAAAACUUCGACCAGAGCUUGCCCCUAUCAGUAGUGAAAAGAAAAUAUUCAUUCCGCCCGCGUGUUAUACUCUUACAAAGGAUGAAAAACGAUGUGUUUUGAAGACUUUGUCUGAAAUAAAGGUUCCUGAAGGUUACUCUUCCAAUAUUAGAAACCUUGUGUCAAUGACAGAUUUAAAACUUAAUAGUUUAAAAUCUCAUGAUUGUCAUGUGCUCAUACAACAGUUGUUUCCCAUUGCGAUAAGAUCAAGUGCUACCGAAACAUGUUCGUUAUGCUAUAACUAG